AUGCUGUGUAUUUGCCGUUUUAGAUGGAAGACAUUCCUAUGGAAUGCAUUGGCAUCAUCGUUACGAGCACAAAGCAAAAUUGUACUUACUGUUGCAUCAAGUGGUAUUGCUGCUACAUUACUACCUUCUGGAAGGACAGCUCACUCGAGGUUUGCAAUCCCUAUUCAAGUUAAUGAAACCUCAAUGUGCUUUAUUAGUCAGGGUUCUCCGUUGGCAAAAUUACUUGAAUGCACUAAGCUCAUUAUUUGGGAUGAAGCUCCGAUGGUGCAACGUUAUUGCAUUGAAGCAUUUGAUCGUUCACUGAAGGAUCUAAUGCAUUCAAAUCUUCCAUUUGGAGGGAAAUGCAUAAUAAUGGGAGGUGAUUUUCGUCAAAUACUUCCUGUGGUUCCAAAAGGUUCAAGAGCAAGUGUCGUUAAUGCAUGUAUAUGUUCCUCAUAUUUGUGGAGUAGUUGUACCAUUUUCACCUUAACAAAAAACAUGCGAUUGACAUCAUUGGGAAGUGAAGAAGAUAAGAAGAAACUAGAGUGGUUUUCCAAAUGGCUAUUAGAUGUUGGUGAUGGCAAGUUAGGGGAGCCAAAUGACGGUACUACUGACAUUGAAGUGCCUAAAGCACUGUUAGUGAAUGAUUAUGAAGAUCCAAUUGAAGGUAUUGUCUCAGUAAUUUAUGGUGAUGUCAUUGCAAACCUGUCAAACAACGAAUACUUCAAUGAUAGGGCUAUACUUGCACCAACAAUCGAAAUGGUUGACAAGAUUAACCAAUACAUGUGCUCUCUUUUGCCCGGUGAAGCCCAUGAGUUCUUCAGUUCGGAUUCAGUGUGCCAGGCUUCGAAUCAAAGUGACAGCUUUGACAAUCUAUACACUACUGAAUUUCUGAACACUAUUAGUAGCUCUGGAUUGCCACCACAUAAGCUAAUGUUGAAAGUUGGAUCACCAAUUAUGUUGCUGAGGAAUAUAGAUCAAGCAGAAGGACUAUGUAAUGGUACACGACUUCGUAUUACAAAGCUAGGCAAGACUGUUAUUGAGGCAAUUACAUUGAAUGGUUCAAAACCAAAUCAAAAGGUUUUGAUUCAUCGAAUGGACAUGAACCCAUCAGAAAGUAAAUGGCCUUUCAAGAUGAAGAGAAGACAGUUCCCUAUUACUUUGUCCUUUGCAAUGACCAUCAAUAAGAGUCAAGGUCAGUCAUUACGUUAUGUUGGAGUAUACUUACAAAAGCCUGUGUUCACUCAUGGUCAACUAUAUGUGGCACUAUCAAGAGUCAAAUGCAUGGAUGGUUUGAAAAUUGUUCUUCCAAGGAGUGCAUCUACAAGUGAGAAGACCACCAAAAACGUUGUGUAUAAGGAGAUAUUUAGCAACUUAUAA